GUCAAAAUAAGUUUUUUUUUUCAAAACAAACAGUUGUUGUAACCUAGUUUUAUUAAUUUAACUACAAAAAUUCUGGAAACUUGUGUUUAUAUCCAAAUUCAUCAUUCACUUUAAUAAAAAUGGUUAUGGAAUCUAAAACAACUAGUAAAACAAGCUGUUUAAAGGCUUUGUUGCUUCGUGCUUGGAGAGAAAGAUGGUCAGAUCUCCAAUGGGGUAUAAAUAUUAAAACAGUACUUCCUCGAGGAGUUAGUGGUGAUGUAUAUAAUUUGGCAGAUUGUAUACUGCAGCAGGCCCUUGUUGGAGCAGGUGCAAACCAAUUAGUUCUAAGUUAUCUUCGUCAUUCUCUGAGUGCUCAGUUAGUAUCUCAUGCUGCUGUAUUACAAAGAUUGAGUAAAUACAAUCAAUUCAGUAAAAUAUUCUGUGUAUGCAGUUUAUUAGAGUUCCUGGAAAAAAUGAUUCCUGGGGUAACUUGUUGCAGUAAAUUAGAAGAAACUGAGCUUGCUACUGCCAUUCUUUCUACAGCCUCUUGGUUGUUGAAUAUUAUACAUAACUGUAGAGGACCAUCAGAUUUGAAUCAGAGAGCCACUAUUUUGGCAUCUUCUAUCUUGAAAACUAUUUUAUGUAAUGAUUUUUACAUUUCAAUGAUAUGUUUAGCACGUUAUAAUGAUACCGAAUUAUUUGCUGAAACUAGUCAAAAAUGCUCAGAAGUAUUGUCAUUUCUACCAGAGUCUGAUGAAUGUUAUCAAUAUGUAAAAAAACUUGAAAAUAUUGAUGUUAGUAUGCUAUCAAUGAAAAUUCAAAGUGAAACGUGGCCUGGAUGUCUCAUACCCUAUUGGUUAGAAGUGAAAUUGGUUGGAAAUCCAGCCACUUCAACAUUAACCUUGGUUGAACAACUUAGGCUAUUUCAAAAAUUGAAAGGUUAUAAUGAUGCAAGACUUUUCGGAGAGCUUAUAAGAGGAAGCCUAUUAGCACUCUAUGAUGUGAAUGAGACUCCCCAUGAAAGUCAAUGGGGAGCAUUUGCUUUUCUGAAAGUCCCCAAUAUUUUAUCAGAAUUAGCAAAAAAAUCAGACAGUUGCAGCAUUGUUGAUUCCAUAGAAUUGCUUCUACAACAUACCCCUCUUCUAGAUGCAAUGGAUGCUAAUAGUUCUUGUUCAAGCCUAGAAUGUCUUUUGGGUGAACUUGCUAAAGUUAGAUUAUUAACUGAUAUACAAGUGAAACAUCUUCUGGAAAAAAGAAAAAUGCCUAAGCAGAUAAAAUUAGAUAAUGGAAAUGGAACAGCUGGUAUUCCAAAAGUAAUAAUUUGUGCUGAACCAACACUAAAUGGAAUACUGAAAACUUUAUCUACAGACUAUCAUAAGGAUGCACUUCUGGGAAUGUUACAUCAAGUUUUAGCUGGUAAAAGUUUUGAGCUAAUCUUGGCUGUAGCUACAGUUCAAGGCCAGUUGGGAACUUUGGUCAGCAGGCUUAUACGUUUCAAUGAGUGCUCAAAAUCGGGAGGGGAUAAAAACAAAGCUCAAUUAUUCGAUAUCAGUUUUUUGAUGCUUGUUGCUAUUGUUCAAAAUUUCGGUGCCAAUACAGUAUUUGAUGUCGAUGGAAACACCCUAGUUGAACAAUGGGUUAAAUCUUGCAUGGUCGAAAGAAAUAAGCCCAAAGCUCCAGAACAGCUGUUGAGAUUAGGAGAUCCUGCUAUGAUAGAAUCACUUUUGCAACAAUUCAAUGCGGGAGACACAGAGAUGGAGGUCAACGUAAAAUGGCAAGAUGUUCUUUUCAAUAUUCCAGGUGUAAUGCAUGAAGUAUUAGUUGCUUGGGAGCAAGGAGCAUUGGCAGCAUCAGACGUGAAACGUAUUCUCGAUGCUUUAAGGGGGCGUAUGUGUUGUUUGCCUCUUGCAGCAGCCGCAUGGCUUUGUGCUUAUAUGCGAACUGCUCAACAAGACACGGUGCUGAAACCAAUUAAUAUGGUUCAGCAAUUGCUCACGCCUCCUACCACAGACGAAGAGAAUUUGGGACAUCGAUGGCAGCUCACUUGUGAAAUAAUACGAAAAAUGCAGGCAGACGUACAGUUACCUUUACAAGCGAAGAGCAGCCAUCAUCUUGUUUCGAGGCAGCCUGCAGUUCAACAGCUUCAUCAAUUGUGGACAAAAGCUAUAACAAGAGGAUGGUUGGAUCAUACAUCAGCUAGAGCUGUCCAUUGCCUAUUGGAAACAGCAGGUUCUACUUGGUUGGUACCUUCUGUGGUGCACGAAUUGUGUAAGCUCCGCUACAGAGACCAACUGGCAAAAGGGGUGGAUUUGGCACUUGCAAUAUUCCACGUCGAUAUCGUCAGCUGUACAUACGAGUUAUUAGCCUAUGUGCUACCACAGCUGAUAUAUAAUACUUUGCAAGCUGAUUUGCUGAAGGAACCUCAGAUGCCAUCAUUGGCUCGUUUGACAAGCUAUUGCAUUUAUACUGCAUAUGAUGCAUUAUCUGGGAUGUGUGAUGAACCCUCUGCGAAAAAAAUGUGCCUGGAAGGAUCACAAGAAAUAACAACAGAACAUCUUAUGAAUAAGUUCCGCCAACUCUUUAUAAUGUUUGAUGGUGGCAUUCAAGAGGGUCUGAUAACUCAGCAAACAUAUUUUGCAUUCCACUUGAUUCAAUCUCUAGUUGAAGUUAGCAGUCCAUCCUCCAGUGCUAUUUUGUCUGCAAUUCCUCAUGCUCUAAUAUCAGAUUUGCUUAGAACCUUACCUGAAGAAUUUAGUUAUUCGUUAUUGUUGAAUCUCCAUGAUGUGAGGACUCCCGGUGGUAAAAUUAAUAUGGCUAGAGACUUAUGUAUCUUGAGGAAUCAUUAUUUGAAAAGUAUUCCAUCCACUAAUACUUUCUAAGAUAUUAAGUGCUAGUUUUUAGAGACUUACAUUGAAGGGAAUCGACAGUAAUGUGUAAUUAUUAUAAUUUGUAUAUAUAGACA